AUGCCGCCUCAAGUGAAUACCUCUGUAAUUGCUGAGGUUGUUGAUACAACAGCGCCGUCGGCGGUCAAGCCUGUCGAGUAUGAUGCAGACGAAUACGCAGGAGAAAUCGCAGAAGCGGAAAAAGAGUUCUUCUUCGAGCAGUACAUCGAAACGGGCAAAGUACAGCAGUUCGACGUAAAAGAAAAUUCGUUAGACCCCAUGGAUGUCAUUGGAGCAUUCGACGAAUAUAUUGCCAACAAGAACUUGGAUAUCAAAGGAUCAGAAAAAAUUGACAGCGAGGCAUACUUCGGUGGAUAUCGCUAUUGCUUUUACAUUCAAAAAGGCAAUUAG